UCCGCAGUCACCGUCGCUGAGCCUGGGCGGAAGUCGACAACACAGAAGCCCUCCGCGGUCAACUGCGCCGCCGUCUCCCCUUAGCGUCUCUCUCAACCUGCACCUCUUCCCUCCUCUACCGCCAUCUCCUCCUCCCUACUCUUCCACCGUUGGAUUCCCCAUCACAAUCCUACGGUUGAGGCAAGUUGUUGAAACGUUGAAGGAUAGGCAAAGAAAACAAGAAGAAAAAAUUUGGACUCUUGAGAAGGAACUGUGGACUGGAAUUAUUCUCGUAUAAUUUUGAAUCAAAGUCACUUACUUUGGUGGAGACAAAGAAACAGACCGUGAGUUGGUAUGUCUACACACAUGAGAGUAGAUUAGUGCUUCUUGCUUCAGGAAUGCAAUGCAAGACUUUUAAGGGAUAUCAGUUUUCUUCCAUGGGAAUAAUCCGCUUGCCAAGAUUUGAGAUGGCGAUGGCAAAAUCUGAGGCAAAUAAUGUGCCCAUCCUUGCUGCUGAAGAUGUGCGUGUUAUCACUGUUUAUGGUAGGAUUUACUGCCUGCAAGUGGAUAGAGUAGCAAUGCUGCUCCACUCAUACAGGUUUUAUCGGGAUGCUGUGAUACCACAGGGUUCUUUCCCCAUUUAUUCCAACAGAAUCGCUGUGAAUGUGGUUGACAAUGUUUUGCUUGUUCAUCAAAUGGAUGCAAAAGUAGUCAUCAUAUAUGAUUUAUUUGUGGAUUCUCAUGCACCAGUUUCUUCACCUCUUCCUCUAUUGAUGAGAGGUUUGUCAAAAAGUAAUGAUGCAACCUCUCAGUCCAUGUGCCAAAAGAGUGAAGAGUCAGAGGAAAAAGAGUUGAGCAAUGCUGAAACAAUCAUGUAUGGAGAUGACUGGACUUUUCUUGUUCUUGAUUUUAUAUGUGAUACUGGUAAUGGGUUGUCAUGGAAAGUCUACUUAGAUCUAGAGGCCAUUCCUGCCAGCAGCUCUGAAGUGCAACUAGUCCUUGAAUUUUUACAGAGAAGGAAAUUGGAAGCAAAUAAGGCUAAACAGCUGUGUCUAUCAAUUGCACGCACCAUUAUUCUUGAACGACGACCUGUGCCAGUGGUUGCUAAAGCAAUAGAUGUUUUAGUUACCUCUUACAUGUCGUCACUAAAAACUGGUAAUUAUCACAAGGGAACUAAAGCAUAGAAAGCUUCAACUUCUGGUGG